UCAACACAUUGGGUAUUAUGGGACAUUGUUGGGAAAAAGGCAGUUGUCAUGCAUGUAGAUAAUAUUCAUACAUUAGUGAAAUCAAAGAUGUAAGUGAAAUGUAACCUCCUCUCGAUCCACACACGAGUUUGUGGAUGACACCAUACACCAUGCUGCCAACUGUUAGGCGUUUAGCAGGCGUCCUGAGACUGUCUCCUCACAGGCGAAAAGUUCCCCCGCUGAUGAUAGUGGCGAUUGUGUUUCUGUUCCAUACCGUUGUCACAGCUGCCGAAACAGAUCUCGACCACGAUGACCUCGCUACACUCCUAGAGGAGGAAUCCUUUAUUUCUAUGACGAAACCAGUUAACACCAGUUUGAAAUCAAGAGAUUUUCAAACUUUCGAAAAAGGAGUAGAAGUCGUCAGGUACACGUCUCUAGAUCGGAAAUACGAGACAGAGGUCGACCUGUUCUCUGAGGACGCCUUGAAUUCCGACCUUCUCCCCUCGGAGUACAACCUGCAACACGAGCGGCACAAGAGAGAGGUAUACGAAUCCUCUGGUGAUUUAAAUGAGUGUGACAGUGAUGAAAGAGAGUACUGUAAAGGCCCAUUUGACGUGUGUAUCGACCUAACGAAUGGUUACGAGUGUCAGUGCGAGGACGGGUUCGUCCGGAGAGAUCAGGAAUGCUUUGCAGAAAUGUUUGACUUCACUUCGGGUACAGCAAUGGCAACCGCGGAUGAAGGUUUUCAGAAAAUAGAAGCGGAGGAUGGAAUACCAUUUUCAUCGAAAAUUUACUAUGACAUAUAUAUCUCCACGAAUGGCGUAAUAAGUUUUGGGACGCCGUUUGGUCCAUACUCUCCAUCGCUGCCGACAAAUAGACAGAACAUCUUGUGUCCAUACUGGGCCGACAUUGACCUCGAGUUCGGGGUGACGAAUUCCUCAUCUGCCAUAUACUACCAGGCAUACAGCGGAUCCAACAGUAUUAUGCUAGAAAGAGCUUCCACUUGGAUUCAGAAGUACAUCUCUGACCGCUCAUUCACAGCAACAUGGGCGUUGGUGGUUACGUGGAAUGACGUUCCACAGAAGGGCGAAACCUCUUUUGGAAAGUUUGCCACGUUUCAAGUGUUGCUGAUAACAAACGGUCAGUCAACGUAUGCCCUGUAUACCUACAACAAAAUGGGCUGGACGGUCAGCGAUGACAUUCCAAUUUACAUCGGCUAUGAAAGUUCCAAUCCUCAAGACCCAAGACAGGUGGUCCUUAUCGUCUCUGGGAGGCGGUCGGCUUAUACAAACGCCGGUAUCGGCAGCAACACAGGUACACCCGGUGUGUAUGUCUUCGACAUCGGCGGAACUGUGACGAACUUCGUGUCGUUGUGUAGACAAUGGUACAAUACCUGGUCACCGGAUUUUCAGUUUUGGUGGACCUUUUACCUGUCAGACUGCCCCUGCAGCUCAGUGUGGAUGAACAGAGACUGGCGGUUUUACCUGUCCAGUUUUAAAUACCGAAAUGGUCAAUUCAGUAUUUGUUACACAUCGUUCCUCACUUGGUGGUCAUAUCCAUUGUCACGGGAAUGUUGCUAUAGGAACUCCAGAUUGUUGACGUCGGAUGACGAAUCUGGAUCGCUGCAGAGGUAUGAUCCCAGAUUUGUAGGGCAGCAUUACCGGGCAGAUUACCUUGGAAGAUACUAUUGCUGUGAGCAAUCCAACACAUGCGAUCUCUUCUUCGACAUCCGACCCCAGAGAUUCUGUUCCCGUUCAUUCCCUUUCUGGUGGGCCAACGGUUUUGGUGACCCGCACAUUACUACCCUCGAUGAGCUCACCUACAUCUUCAACGGCUUCGGCGAGUACGUUAUGAUUGAUGCGGACCACGUUAAUGCCACUUUUACCCUUCAAGCCAGAACGGAAAGGGCUCUUAAUAAGGACGGCAAUCUCACCACGGCUACCGUCUUCACGGCCUUCGCUGCUACGGACACUAACGAUACCUUUAUCGUGGAACUGUCUCCAUCUAAGAACGGAUUCAUCAUCUACCGGAAUGGAAAAGACUUGUCUCUGGCCUUCGCCAAGGACGGCAACUUCACGGAGACCGGCAAUGGCGGGUUGACGGUUAGUCGGCAAGGCGAAGACGUCGUUGGGUUCUUCCCCUCAGGAGUCUCCGUGCGGGUGGUGCUUGGUCCCAAACUUCUCACCGUCUCUGUGGGAUUGACGGCUGCAUUUAAGAACAAAAUAAGAGGGUUGAUGGGAAAUUUCAACGAUGACAAGUCCGACGAUCUUACCUUCCCUAAUGGAACCAAUCUGGAUGUCAACUCACCAGAGAGGGUCAUAUACGAAUUCGGGAAAACAUGGCAGAUCAACUUGACAGAAUCCCUGUUCUUGUAUCCACCACGAAAGAACGCCUCUGACUAUUACCACCCAGACUUCGUGCCUCUGUUCUAUGACGAGGCCAGUGAGACGGAUCGGAAUGCGUCAAUUGCUGCAUGUGGCGGGGACGAGAAGAACCUCCCGUGUAUAUUUGACUUCCUGGCUACCGGGGACCAGGCAGUUGCAGAUUCUACCAAACAGACUGACGAGGGUGUUAAAAAGGAGCGAGAAGAGCAAACCAACACGAUACCAUCGCUCACCUCCAACACCACCGUGCUUCAUGUGACUCUCGGAAAAUCAGCAGCCAUCUUCUCCCUGAACGCUACAGACACCGACAGCGGCGACACCAUCACCUACGAGGUUAUAGAUAAGCCAGAUGGUCUCACCCUAACGGAGGGCACGCAGUCUGGAAGCGAGAAAAGUGCCGUAGUCUCAUUUGCACCCACGUCAGCUAACGCCAGUAAAAUAAGCAUAGUAGUGAAGGAUUCCAAGAACACGUCAUCGGAGACGGUGGAAGUAAAGAUACUGGUCUGCGACCGCUGUUCCGACCAAGGGAGUUGCAACUUCAGCCGCUCACGCGCCGACCAGAAUACGGCAGCGUCCGCAUCCCUUCCCCUGGCAGCCUGUGAUUGUAACACUGGGUGGACAGGUGACGAUUGCAGCCAGAACAUCGACAGCUGUGUCAGUUCCCCGUGUUUCACCGGCCAGAACUGCACAGACCUGGAUCCGGCGCAAGAGGUAGCCACCGGACAAGGCUACAACUGCAGUGCCUGUCCUGAUGGAUAUAAGGCAGAGGGGGACAAAUGUACAGAUAUCAACGAAUGCAACUCAUCAAACCCCUGUGACCAAAACUGUACGAAUACACAGGGUAGCUAUCGGUGUUCAUGUAUGGCCGGCUACAGGCUCGUCAACAAAGUUUGUGAAGACAUCGACGAGUGUACUGAGAACCUUCAUGACUGCCAACAGAUAUGCAACAACACCGUACCUUCUUUCUUCUGUGGCUGUAAUGCUGGUUUCACGCAGGAUACACCUGAUCCAAGGAAGUGCAAUACAGGUAGACACUUGAUGCCUGCCUCUGUAGGUGAUGAUUAUGCCUGCAGUGAACCAAUAUUCAACAGCAAAAAUCUAUGUCACCCACUAAACUGUUCCUAUGGUUGCUUGGCGGACUCUGCCAAAUGCUUCUGCGAAAACGGAUAUGAAAUUGACCAAACUGAUAACAGCACAUGCAAAGAUAUCAACGAGUGCGACCAGAACCCGUGCGCCCACGGCUGCAACAACACCGUCGGAAGCUUCCUCUGUACGUGUUUUGACGGGUACCGGCUGUCUUCAGACAAGGUAUCCUGUGAUGCAUGCGAAGACUUGAACUACGGUAAAGACUGUGCCCAACGCUGCGACUGUGGCGACCGUUCCACCAGCUGCAAUAACGUCAGGGGCUGUAUCUGCAAGGUAGGAUGGAGUGGAACCAAGUGCGACAUAGAUAUCAACGAGUGUAACGAAAGCCCAUGUCCAGUGGGUCAAAUCUGCACCAACAACGACGGCUCAUAUACGUGUACAUGCCCGACUGGAUACGACAAGCAAGCCAAUGGGACCUGCACAGACAAGAACGAGUGCGUCACGGAUGCCAACACGUGCGAUCAGGUCUGUACCAACGUAGAGGGCUCCUUCACGUGCUCCUGCAAGCCCGGAUACACGGAGAACGACCAAAAAAAGUGUGGAGAUAUCAAUGAAUGCAAAACAGAACAGAAUGACUGCGGUCAGAAAUGUGUCAAUGUCGAUGGCAGCUACAACUGUGAAUGUGAGUUUGGGUAUCGACUUAAGGAUGACCGGACGACUUGUGAACAAGUGGAGGAUGUGUGCAGUGAAGUAAAGAACCUGAACUGUGACCAGGGUUGCACGGUCAAAGCGGAAACGGAAGAGGCAUUUUGUUUCUGUAACCUUGGUUACAAGCUUGGGACAGACAAUCAGACGUGUAUAGAUAUUGUUGAGUGUGACGAUCCAGCGCUGAACAAAUGCAGCGGCGGCGGAACCUGUGAGAACACCGAUGGAGGGUUUAAAUGCAAUUGUCCAAUUGGCUUCAAACUCGACAAUGAUAAAACCACGUGCAGAGAAUGCGAUGAUCAGCACUGGGGGGUUGGAUGCGCCAACGAGUGUGGGUGUGGCGUGGGCGCUACCACCUGCGACAAGAAGGAGGGAUGCCAGUGUAAGGACGGUUGGCUGGGGCUGAGGUGCGACCAAGACAGGGACGAGUGUGCACAAGGGGCUGUUUGUCCGCAGAGCUCCGACUGUGUCAACAAUCCCGGCUCCUACAGAUGUGUGUGUAGAUCCGGAUACAGACUUAACAACGUCACCAACACCUGCGACGAUAUCAUCGAAUGUGAUGAACAAGCGUUGAAUACCUGUGACCAGAAAUGCAUUAACAACGUAGGCUCGUUUGUCUGCGAGUGCAACGAUGGCUAUGUCAGAGAGACGGACAGAUGCAGAGAUGUUGACGAGUGUGCGACAGGGAAGGACGAGUGUCAACACAACUGCAGGAACACUGAUGGAGGUUAUGUCUGCAGCUGCCGCCCCGGCUUCCUGCUCCAGGCCAGCGACAGACGCUCCUGUGUUGCGGCGACCGAGUGCACGACACUCCAGUGUUUACAGGGAUGUCAGGUGGACCAAGGGAACGAGUCCUGCUUCUGCAACAGUGGAUUCAAGGAACACCCUUCAAACUCAUCAUUGUGCGUUGAUGUCGACGAGUGCACAGAAGUGACAGAUCCUUGUGCUACAGGGGGCGCCACCUGCAGGAACAUAGAAAAUGGCGGCGGCUAUGAGUGCGUUUGUAACAAUGGCUCCAAACUCCAGAAUGACGGUGUCACGUGUGCAGAUUGUGUACAAGGUACCUUUGGACAAGACUGCAGGAGUAACUGCAGCUGCAACGUUGUCAACACUGUGACGUGCGAUAAGGUCAACGGCUCAUGCACCUGUCUCAAAGGAUGGGAGGGGGACACGUGUUCCGACGACGUGAACGAGUGCGACACCACCAACUGCAGCGCUAACAGCUUCUGCACCAACACAAACGGAAGUUUCAUCUGCGAGUGUGAUGACGGAUUCUUUAGGACAGCGUUCAAUUCGUGUCAAGCCUGUGACUCAAACCACUGGGGUAAGAACUGUGCAAACAGAUGCACGUGUGGCGUCAACUCCGUCGCCUGCAACAGCACUAAUGGCGCGUGCACGUGUAAUACUGGAUGGAAGGGGGAUAAUUGCAGCGAAGAUGUCAAUGAAUGCACAGACAACGUCACCAUAUGUGUCGGCACACCCGACUCCAACUGUAACAACACAAACGGCUCCUUCAUCUGCAGAUGUAACAGCGGGUUCCUGCAAAAUCCUACCACUAAGAUGUGUGAUGAUGUCAAUGAGUGUCUAGACGGAGAUCUCAACACAUGUUCACAGAAUUGCACAAACACUUUAGGUGGGCAUGAUUGCUCCUGUUUUGAUGGCUACGAUGGGACGGGUAACAACUGCACUGACGUUAACGAGUGUACCGCGAACACAACCAUCUGCUCUGGACUGGCCAACUCCAACUGCACCAACACAGGCGGAAGCUACAGUUGUGACUGUGUCUCUGGAUACGCUAAGAAUUCUACCACCAUUCUCUGUGAUGAUAUUGACGAGUGCCAGGACACCAGCACAUGUAGCGGGACACCAAACUCCACCUGUAACAACUCCGGCGGGUCCUUCUCCUGCGACUGCGACAUCGGCUACGUCAAGAACGCUACAACAGACAAAUGUGAUGACAUUGACGAGUGUACCGCGAGCACAACCAUCUGCUCUGGACUGGCCAACUCCAACUGCACCAACACAGACGGAAACUACAGUUGUGACUGUGUCUCUGGAUACGCUAAGAAUUCUACCACCAGUCUCUGUGAUGAUAUUGACGAGUGUCAGAACACCAGUACGUGUAGCGGGACACCAAAGUCCACCUGUAACAACUCCGUCGGGUCCUUCUCCUGCGACUGCGACAACGGCUACGUCAAGAACGCUACAACAGACAAAUGUGAUGACGAUAACGAGUGUACCGCGAACACAACCAUCUGCUCUGGGCUGGCCAACUCCAACUGCACCAACACAGACGGAAACUACAGUUGUGACUGUGUCUCUGGAUACGCUAAGAAUUCUACCACCAGUCUCUGUGAUGAUAUUGACGAGUGUCAGAACACCAGUACGUGUAGCGGGACACCAAACUCCAACUGUAACAACUCCGUCGGGUCCUUCUCCUGCGAUUGCGAUAACGGCUACGUCAAGAACGCUACAACAGACAAAUGUGAUGACAUUGACGAGUGUACCGCGAACACAACCAUCUGCUCUGGACUGGCCAACUCCAACUGCACCAACACAGACGGAAACUACAGUUGUGACUGUGUCUCUGGAUACGCUAAGAAUUCUACCACCAGUCUCUGUGAUGAUAUUGACGAGUGCCAGAACACCAGUACAUGUAGCGGGACACCAAACUCCACCUGUAACAACUCCGUCGGGUCCUUCUCCUGCGACUGCGACAGCGGCUACGUCAAGAACGCUACAACAGACAAAUGUGAUGACAUUGACGAGUGUACCGCGAACACAACCAUCUGCUCUGGACUGGCCAACUCCAACUGCACCAACACAGACGGAAACUACAGUUGUGACUGUGUCUCUGGAUACGCUAAGAAUUCUACCACCAGUCUCUGUGAUGAUAUUGACGAGUGUCAGAACACCAGUACGUGUAGCGGGACACCAAACUCCACCUGUAACAACUCCGGCGGGUCCUUCUCCUGCGACUGCGAUAACGGCUACGUCAAGAACGCUACAACAGACAAAUGUGAUGAUAUUGACGAGUGUCAGAACACCAGUACGUGUAGCGGGACACCAAACUCCACCUGUAACAACUCCGUCGGGUCCUUCUCCUGCGACUGCGACAACGGCUACGUCAAGAACGCUACAACAGACAAAUGUGAUGACGAUAACGAGUGUACCGCGAACACAACCAUCUGCUCUGGGCUGGCCAACUCCAACUGCACCAACACAGACGGAAACUACAGUUGUGACUGUGUCUCUGGAUACGCUAAGAAUUCUACCACCAGUCUCUGUGAUGAUAUUGACGAGUGUCAGAACACCAGUACAUGUAGCGGGACACCAAACUCCAACUGUAACAACUCCGUCGGGUCCUUCUCCUGCGAUUGCGAUAACGGCUACGUCAAGAACGCUACAACAGACAAAUGUGAUGGCGAUAACGAGUGUACCGCGAACACAACCAUCUGCUCUGGACUGGCCAACUCCAACUGCACCUACACAGACGGAAACUACAGUUGUGACUGUGUCUCUGGAUACGCUAAGAAUUCUACCACCAGUCUCUGUGAUGAUAUUGACGAGUGUCAAAACACCAGUACGUGUAGCGGGACACCAAACUCCACCUGUAACAACUCCGGCGGGUCCUUCUCCUGCGACUGCGAUAACGGCUACGUCAAGAACGCAACAACAGACAAAUGUGAUGACAUUGACGAGUGUACCGCGAACACAACCAUCUGCUCUGGACUGGCCAACUCCAACUGCACCAACACAGACGGAAACUACAGUUGUGACUGUGUCUCUGGAUACGCUAAGAAUUCUACCACCAGUCUCUGUGAUGAUAUUGACGAGUGCCAGAACACCAGUACAUGUAGCGGGACACCAAACUCCACCUGCAGCAACUCCGGCGGGUCCUUCUCCUGCGACUGCGACAGUGGCUACGUCAAGAACGCUACAACAGACAAAUGUGAUGACAUUGACGAGUGUACCGCGAACACAACCAUCUGCUCUGGACUGGCCAACUCCAACUGCACCAACACAGACGGAAACUACAGUUGUGACUGUGUCUCUGGAUACGCUAAGAAUUCUACCACCAGUCUCUGUGAUGAUAUUGACGAGUGUCAGAACACCAGUACGUGUAGCGGGACACCAAACUCCACCUGUAACAACUCCGGCGGGUCCUUCUCCUGCGACUGCGAUAACGGCUACGUCAAGAACGCUACAACAGACAAAUGUGAUGAUAUUGACGAGUGUCAGAACACCAGUACAUGUAGCGGGACACCAAACUCCACCUGUAGCAACUCCGGCGGGUCCUUCUCCUGCGACUGCGACAGUGGCUACGUCAAGAACGCUACAACAGACAAAUGUGAUGACAAAGACGAGUGUAAAGGCAAUCACGGCUGUGGUGGUUCUUGUUCGAACACAGACGGGUCAUUCAAGUGUGAGUGUCCAGAUGGGCAAACUCUCAACCAGGACGGAAAGGCGUGCGACGCUGUUGAAAAGAUCAAUGCAACUAUCCGCCUGGACAGGAUGUUUCCGACAUCGACUUCGCACAAAAAACUCCACGAAAUAUCUCGAUCUUCUCCGAGACAUACAGGAUGCGCUAAUCAAGUACUUCAGAGUGCAGCUGGGUGAAGCCUUUGUCCAGCUUAUUGUCAUCGAAAUCAGGAACGGUAGUGUCAUCGCUGACUACACAACCGAUAUUAACACGAAAAUUGAAAAUAACCCGAAAGGAAUCUUCACAAAGGCAGUGACAAACCUGACUAAUGCGAACUUAAUGAUCAAUGGAGAAGACGCACCGG